AGAAGGAUGCCGUUGCAGCUUUAACCAGCAGUAGGCUGAGUAUAGAACACGGUGCAGGUUAAUAUUAGUUACCGUUGAGGCUAGCUGCAUCCGACACUUCGUUAAAGGAUGAUGCAGGUGGAAACGUUUUAUCCGUUUCAAAGAUCUGACUGAGUGAGAGUGUGUGGGGGUGUGGGGUGUGAGAGACAGAGAGACUGCAAGAUAAAUAAUGUUUGAGGAAGAGAGAGAUUUGUGAGAGAAAGUGAAAGAGUGAGAGUGAGUGAAAAGCGAGAGAGACAGAGAGAGAGAGAGGCAGAGAGCGAGAGAGACACACAGAGAGAGAGACAGAGAGAGAGAGUGUGUGUGUGUGAGAGAGAGAAAGAAAGAGAGAGUCAAAGAGAGAGCGAGAGAAGAUGAGGAGACUCCUCCAGGACUCUCCUCUGUGUUGCGUGGUGAAACUCUGGUCUCAGUCCGGCCUGGAGUUCUCUCUUCUCUAAGACCUUCCUGCUCCUCUCAGCUGGUUUCCUCUUCAUGAAGACCACUGACAUCGGUGAUGUGAUGAAUAAAUUUGAAGUCCUUGGCAUUGUAGGUGAAGGAGCCUAUGGAGUGGUUCUGAAGUGCAGGCACAAGGAGACCAAUGAGCUGGUGGCCAUAAAGAAGUUUAAAGACAGCGAGGAGAAUGAGGAGGUUAAAGAGACCACGCUGAGGGAGCUGAAGAUGCUGCGGACGCUGAAACAGGAGAACAUCGUGGAACUCAAAGAGGCUUUCAGGAGGAGAGGGAAACUCUACCUGGUCUUUGAAUAUGUGGAGAGGAACAUGCUGGAGUUGCUGGAGGAACUGCCUAACGGAGCUCCACCUGACAAAGCCAGGAACUACAUCUACCAGCUGAUCAAAGCCAUCCACUGGUGCCAUAAGAAUGAGAUCGUACACAGAGACAUCAAGCCUGAAAACCUCCUCAUCAGCUCUGAGGAUGUUCUCAAACUCUGUGAUUUUGGCUUUGCCCGCAACCUGUCAGAGGGAAGUGAUGCCAACUACACUGAGUAUGUAGCCACUAGGUGGUACCGCUCUCCUGAGCUACUGCUGGGGGCCCCCUAUGGUAAAGCUGUAGACAUGUGGUCAGUGGGUUGUAUCCUGGGGGAGCUGUGUGAUGGCCAGCCUCUGUUCCCAGGGGAGAGUGAGAUAGAUCAACUCUUUACCAUCCAGAAGGUCCUGGGUCCUCUACCUGCUGAACAGAUGAAGCUCUUCUACAACAACCCUCGCUUCCAUGGACUACGGUUCCCCUCAGUGAAUCACCCUACAACCCUGGAGCGGAGGUACCUGGCCAUCCUGAGUGGCCUCAUGCUGGAUCUGAUGAAGAACCUGUUGUUGCUGGUCCCUUCUGACCGCUACCUGACAGAACAGAGUCUGAACCACCCAGCCUUCCAGCCCCUCCGCCUCCUGGAGCAGCCCGCCCCAGCACCACCCUCCCCUAACCCCCCACGCUCCUCCAAGAGGAAGCCCCACAGCCACAUGGACAACACUGUGCCCACCAGAAGCCACGGCAGUAAGAGCUCGGGUCACCGUCACUCUAACAGUAAAGAAUGUUCCAGCCUACCUCGCCAUGGCGACCUUCACCUAGGCAACGACAGCUUCCUAAACGGCAACAAGCCUGUGUCGUCCAGCCUGAGCCCCACCCUCCACCCCAAGGCUUACAUGACCCAGACCCUCAACCGCUCCAUCGCCUGUAGUAAGGACUUGGUCAACAACAACAUGCCACACCUGCUCAGCCCCAAGGACACCAAGGGCACGACACAGUUUGACUUCAACCUGGUUGGUGUUGGGCCCCCAGGGGCCAAGGCUCCUGACCAGCAGGGCCCUGGAGCCAUGUACGUGAAGUCCACCUCCCGCUCUCAGCAGCAGCAACAGCAAGUAGGGCAGGGACGACACUCUUCCUUUCUGGAGGGCAAGACCAAUACCAUGGAGAAACAACAUGGCCGCCAUGGUGGACACAACAUAGACUCCACCCACAGCUCCUCCAAGAGUUCCAGUUCCUACCUGAGCCUGUCCAAGAGCCACAGCGCCUUGAGCAACAAUGCCAAGUCUGUGGGUGGUAACCUUGGAGAUGGGGUGAGGGGCGUGCACCCCGACGACCCUACGGCAACCCCUGGAAUCUCCGCCCGCUUCUUCCCUGCCAGCUGUCUGGACCUGAACCUCAAUGCCCCCCCUGGAAGUCCCCAGGCCCCCCGCCACAGCGAACGCCACUCUUCUGGCCACGCCCCCCCUGGAAGUCCCCAGGCCCCCCGCCACAGCGAACGCCACUCUUCUGGCCACGCCCCCCCUGGAAGUCCCCAGGUCCCCCGCCACAGCGAACGCCACACUUCUGGACACACAUCCAGCCACACCGGCCACUCCUCCGGCCACAGCCCCUCGUCCCGCGGCAACAACCCCCGUCUGGAAAGCUCCACCCUGGACUCAUCCUGCCGACGCGCCUCCUCUUCCAGACACAAAGCUCCAGAGGAGGCCUUGGCCCCGGGCCCGGAGCUUCUUGACCCAGGAGGAGGAGGGGAUUGUGGGGGGAACCACGGAGCUCACACCCUGGCCUCCCCCCAUGAGUCCUACCCCUACGGCCUGGGCUACACCAGUCCCUUCUCUUCCCAGCAGAGGCCUCACCGCCACUCCAUGUACGUGAGGAGGAGUGAGCGCCACAGGUCCCACGGAGGUGGGGGUGGAGGGGGUAGUGAGGGGGGCUUAAUGGUGGGUCAGGGGUUGCCCACCAGGGCUAGCAGUCUGCAGAUGCUCUCCCCCCAGCUUCAGCACCGCACCCUCACCAGACACCCCGUAGGACACUCUGUGGGAUCGUCCAGAGAGGACUGCACUGAAGACACGACCAGGAGUGAGCCGUCUUCUAAAGAGGUGGUGACCUCUCACCCCCGACCCCAGAUUAAAGACUCCACGCGGGACAACCCAGCCUCCUUUCACUCACAACGCCCUGCUAAGAACGAGGUACCAGUGGGGAUGUACCAUGAGCCCCACCCCGAGGACCCAGUCUCCUCCAAGGAGAACCGCAUGAUCUUCAGUGACUCCAUGCCCAGACGGGUAGGAAGCUUCUACAGAGUGCCCUCUCCCAGGCCAGACAACUCCUCGUCCUUCCAUGAUGGUGGGGCUCAGAGGGAGAGCAGAGGACCGCCGGUGCCAGGGGACCCAGGUGUCAUGAACAACCACUCCAAACGCCAGACUGCCUUUGACUGGAGUACUGCAGAGGCAAUGGUGAUGAACCAACCAGAGCCGGCAAAAGAGAAGGAGAAACAGGGCUUCUUCAGAUCGAUGAAGAAGAAGAAGAAGAAACCGACCAAUACCACAGACAGAGUCGACGAUGGAAGGAACCCCCGCAUCAAGAAAGGCCUUUUCCCUCUGUUUAACUCAAAGAAUAGCUUAAAGCAUACUUCCUCUCAGAAAGCUCUUCCCGUAGUGCCCUCGCCCAUGCUGCAGCAUCAGUCUACCACACCCUACUCUACCUCACCAGUUCCUGGUGAUGGCCAGGACAACCUGUUUAUCCAGAAGGGGACCAAGUCCUCGUCUUCCUCUCACCACGGCAGCCGGCGGAGGAACCGCGAACGCUCCCGGGAUAAGGAUCGUGAACGCGAGCAGAGCCGAGAUCGCGACAGAGAAAGAGAGCGAGAGAGGGAGAGAGGGAGACAGAGAGAGAGAGUCGGUGACUGGCCUCAGGAGAAACAGAACCAACCCCUGAAGUCCCUACGCAGGCUCCUGCACCUCUCCCCCUCCUCCUCUUCCAGCCAACCCCCUCCUCCUUCCGACCUGCGAUUCCAGCACCUCCCCAACCCCCCCACCUCCUCCUCUAAAGGGGGAGUGUUCAGCGACGGGAGAGGUGACGGCAGGUCCCACCAGGGACACCCUAGCAGCAGCAGCUCCAGCUCUGGUCAGUCUAAGAGCCACAGGAAGCAGAGUUACCCUCUCCCGGGGCAGAUACAGGGGCAGAUGGAGUCCAACUGGCACGCGGCGGCCCUCGCCAGGGCAGAGGGUGCUCAGCCGUACCCCGACCAAAUGGUCGCCAACGGGCCCACCUUUACCAGACCGUCAAGGUCACGGAUGCCAAACCUCAACGACCUGAAAGAGACAGCCCUGUGAGGAGAACAUGGAAUUAGAAUUCUACCACAUGGAAUUAGAAUUCUACCACAUGGAAUUAGAAUUCUACCACAUGGAAUUAGAAUUCUACCACAUGGAAUUAGAAUUGUACCACCCAUUGACUUGAAUGGGGAUGUCCAUUCUAGGAAAAAAUGUCUAUGGAGGAGACGUCUUUCUGCCCUCAAGGGUCGUCAUGUUGAUUAGGCACCAAAAUGGAACAAAACAGACUGAAGCAGGGAGGGACAAGAUGGAUUACUGUCCGAUAAGAAACGCUUAUUUUUUUGUGGUGCGUUGCGAAGCGUUUUGUAACGUUUUCAAUUGUGUGCCCUAAUGAAUAGGACUCUGGGCUCUCACUACUGCCACCUGCUGGCCGCCAGACGCACAUAGGAAUAUAGAGUUCAGAAGGUUAUACUGUAUCUCUAAGUUCAGGACUAUAUGACUGAACUGGGAGGUGGACUGACUGGCUGUAAAAAUCUGACCUUUUUUGAUGCUUCAAACAUUUGAUAGAAUUUGUAUUGAUAUUAUAUUAUAUUAUUCAUGAAAUUCCUUUUAUUUGAUUUAAAUUAAAUGACUUUAUUUAAUGAGACGUAGGCCUAAAUGGAGAUUUAAUAAGUAUUGUAGAAUUAAUAAUUGUGUAAUAUUGAAAGAGCUUUAACAAUAAAUGUAAAAAAGAUUAUGAGAUUCUAACUAUAUAUAUAAUAAUAAUUCAAUAUAUUUAAUUGUGGAGGUUUUUCAUCAUUUCUAUUGAUUGUUGUUACAGUACAGCCUGUUUGUUCUGUCUGUUUACUUUGUCUCUUUAAUGUAUUUAUUGGAUCUGAUUUGACACAGAGUUAUGGAGAGAUAUGUACGACAGAUGGACAAAGACAAAUGAUAUAAAGUUAUAAUGUAUGAUAAAAUAAUGAUAUACCUA